GUAAACAGCGUCGUUGCCGUGGCGACACAGGAACUCUAUUCAUUUAAUAACGCUGAGGAGUCAGUCGUGUUUAAAACAGAAACCUGCGCUCUCGUUUUGAUCAAGUACCUUCAGGUGAAGAGGUCGCUGCGAUGUGUUUAUUGCUCGGUGCAUCUGGAGUAGGAAAAACGCUUUUACUGAAGCGACUACAGAAGUUGUGUCAGAUGGGCGCACAGGCGGAUUUGGGUGAAGCGCCCGUCACGCUGUCCACGGUGAGCUGCUUCUGCCGCGGGUCCCGCUCAAGAGUGCUGCCCUGUUACUGUCAGCAGAACACAGCUCUUCUAAGAUCACAGCCGCUGUAUAAGACAGACAGCGUGUCUGAGUGCUCAGAUAAAGUCGGCACCAACCUCACAGACCUCAUACUCCGGAAGAGGAAGAUAACAGUUCGAGAGCUGGGGGGCUGUAUGGGGCCCAUUUGGCCAAAAUACUACUCAGAUUGCAGAUCUGUUAUAUUUGUGGUGGACUGUGCCAACAUUGUCCAGAUCUCGUCGUCUUGUGUCCAGCUGCUGUCUGUUCUCUCUGCGGAGCCGCUGCAGUCUGCUGCUGUACUCAUACUCUUCAACAAGAGGGAUCUUCCUUGCACCAUGUCUCUUGUGGAGCUGAAGGCGUUGUUCAGGAUGGAUGACGUCAUUAGAAGUGCGCCUCAGUCGAUCUCAACACUAGAGAUCAGCGCUCGCUCCGGACAGGGCCUGCAGGAGGCGCUCAGCUGGCUGUUUUCAAACCGCUCUCAUGAUACAGGAUAGAUGGGUGCAGAGAACUGCAGACUAAUAUUAAAUCACAGGUCACAGUAAACAAACAUCAGACAAAUGUGAUGUGAAGAUACACUUGUGAUUUUCAGUCCUCUCAAUGCUGGAGCUCAGCUCGGUCCCACGCCACAUGUUUGUGCAAACACACUCAUCUGAGAAACAGUGGAAAAAUGUAGACCUGGUGGACUUUUGAUGACCGUCAUGUCGUUCCAAACCUGUAUGACUUCCUGUGCUCUGUGUAACAGUUUAUUUGGAAGAAUUGUUCCAAAAGCUCUCAAAUCUCAUGUGUUCCACUGAAGAAAGUAUUGUUUGGAGUGUAGGAAUAUUGCUUUUUUUUUUCAAGUUAAAGAAUCUAAACUAUAAGCAGACGUUCACACAGAACAUGAUUUUGCAUUGAAAAACGUGAGAUGGAGGCAGUGGAAUGGGGAAAGAAAAAGCAAGAUCUAUAAUAAAGUAAUAAUCCCCAAGAAGCUGUGUUUUACAGUGAAUUUAUAACAGCUAAGGGCAUUGUUAGGCACAACUCGGAGCAUUCCCUUAGCUGUUAUAAAUUCACUGUAAACCACAGCUUCACGGGUCUUAUUGUUUUUAUAAAAUGGUUAUUCCAUAUACCUAGCAAGGUUUCAUAAAAUAAAAUAAAGCAAAUAAAAUGUAAUGAUAUUAAUAAAAAACAUUCUUCCACCAAACAAUGUAGUUCCUCAGAAAUGGUUGUGGUUGCAACAAAGUGGUUGCUGAGCAACACACAGACGUAAACAAAGAGGUGUAUGUUUGUAGAGUAUUUUACAACAGCUUCGAACGUGGCUCAACCAAUCAGAAUUAAGGACCGGGAUUAUCUGUUUUAUAAACUCUUUUUUUUUUAAUUGAAUGCAGCAAUUUUAGAAUUUUGUGUCAUGUGCGAGAUGCU